AUGAAGCAAAAGAUAGUCAUGAAGGUGCAACUGAAGUCUGAGAAAUGCAGAACCAAGGCCUUGAAGAUUGCUGCGGUCGCCAAAGGUGUGAGCAAAGUGUCGAUAGAAGUAGAGAAAGAGCAUGUGGAGGUGAUUGGAGACGGAGUCGAUGCGGUUGACUUGGCCAAAUCAUUGAAGAAGAAGCUUGGUUAUGCCACCAUAGUGAGUGUUGCAGAAGUGAAGAAAGCAGAUGAUGCAAAGCCAUUUGUUCCAAUUGAAUGGACAUCAAGCUAUAUUCACUAUCCUGUGCACUACGAUGGAUACUACCUCUGGUAA